UUGCAAAUCAGUGAAAGGUCUGAGCAGCUGGCGACCGACAGAGCACCGCCUGGCGCCCUCAGCUCUCCAGGCUGAUAAGCGCUCCGAAAGAGGCAGGAUAUAUUCAUUCAGGGCUGAGACUCGCCAUAUCCUCGACAACCCAGGGAGCCGCAAAGUGAAAUUAAAGAAACACCUUCCUGGCGAUUUGGAGCAAAGUUGUGACAAAGUUUAGGUUGCACUUUUACGCGCCCUGGCGCAAUCCGGCGUGCACCAGAAGGUGAGCGCACACGGGCGAACGUUUGUCCGUCUGAGUCGGUCACCGAAAAGUAACUGUGAAAAAGUUUACCCACAGACGGAGGAAUAACGGGGGAGCUACAAUGUCUCACUCCGCGCCCUAUCAGGGGAGCACACGGAGGUCUUCUGGUGUGGCACGUGGAAAGAGACCACCGGAUUUGGAGCUGUCGGAAACCACGUUCAGCGCGCCCGAAACGGGGACACCAGUGCGCAACGACACGUUUUCUGAAAGAGACAAAGUGCCAGAGGACGGUCACACUCCCACUGAGGUGCCCCCCGUCCACCUCCACCCGUACCUAUCUCAUCCUCGGAUGUCUGUCCGGAUGUCGGUGUACAGCACCGGGGUCCGACCAGCCCUCACCCGCGCCUACAUCCAAGGACGCGUGUAUAACUUUCUGGAAAGGCCGUCUGGCUGGAAAUGCUUCGUGUACCACUUCACAGUAUUCCUCAUAGUUCUGGCCUGUCUGAUCCUGAGCGUCCUCUCUACCAUCGACGAGUACCAGGCCCUGGCUCACACAACACUCUUCUGGGUGGAGAUUGUUCUUGUGGUGUUCUUCGGUGUGGAAUAUUUUGUCCGCCUGUGGUCAGCAGGCUGCCGAAGUAAAUAUGUUGGCCUGUGGGGCCGACUGCGCUUUGCCAGGAAGCCAAUAUCUAUUAUAGAUCUGAUUGUAGUUGUUGCCUCAAUAAUUGUGCUGUCAGUGGGCUCCAAAGGUCAGGUGUUUGCCACCUCUGCUGUAAGAGGGAUUCGCUUCCUGCAGAUCCUGCGUAUGCUUCAUGUUGACCGGCAGGGAGGAACCUGGCGUCUGCUGGGUUCUGUUGUCUUCAUCCAUCGGCAGGAGCUGAUCACUACCUUAUACAUUGGCUUUCUGAGCCUGAUCUUCUCCUCGUACUUUGUCUACCUGGCAGAGAAAGAUGCCGUCGAUAGCAGCGGGUCCAUCGAGUUUGGAAACUAUGCUGAUGCUCUGUGGUGGGGAGUGGUGACAGUGACUACCAUAGGCUAUGGAGACAAAGUGCCACAAACCUGGAUUGGAAAGACCAUUGCAUCCUGUUUCUCAGUCUUUGCCAUUUCCUUCUUUGCCCUGCCUGCAGGAAUAUUAGGCUCGGGCUUCGCCCUGAAGGUGCAGCAGAAGCAAAGACAGAAACACUUCAACAGACAGAUCCCUGCAGCUGCCUGUCUCAUUCAGACAUCUUGGAGAUGUUUUGCAGUGGAGAACUUCGAUUCGGCCACGUUCAAGAUGUUUUUGAGAAAGCGAUCCAACAUCCCCGCCUCCUCUUUGUCCAGCCCCAAGCCCAAGAAAUCGGUGAAGAUAAGGAAGAAGUUGAAGAGCAGCGACAAGGACAACGGCCUGACUUCUCCCACAAUUCCCAGUAUCACCUUCGACUCUGUAUUUGACUGUGGGAAGGAGCUGAGCUCAGAUGUUUACAGCACCGUGGGCACAGCAGGAUCCCACACUCUGGGAGGAUGUGAUCACCAGCGGUCGUGGACGUCUUUGUCGUCCCUUCAGUUCAGCUCGCCACCUCCAGUGAAAAGAAACCCCGGCCCUUUGGAUAUCCACUCCCCCAGCCCCCUCCGGAGGAACUGCAGCUUUGCAGACGACCUGGAGCUGGAGUCAGAGCGCUACAGCGAACUGGCUCCCGCCACCUCAGUGUCACAAUUGACAGAGUCGCACCGAAUAGCCAUCCGGGUGAUCCAGAGAAUGCGCUAUUUUGUUGCCAAGAGAAAUUUCCAGCAAGCUCGUAAGCCAUACGACGUGCGAGAUGUGAUUGAGCAAUACUCCCAGGGUCACCUCAACCUCAUGGUGCGAAUCAAGGAGCUGCAGAGAAGACUGGACCAGUCUUUAGGAAAGAUCACUUUGUUCCAGACGGGCUCAGACAGAGCCAGAGACAAAGGCAACAACUCGAUCGGCUCCAGACUCAACAGGAUGGAGGAUAAGAUAACACACAUGGACCAGACGCUGAACCGCAUCGCAGAGUCCCUCGUGUUUCUGCUGGACCAGAGGGACAUCGGCGGCGGCGAAGUUGGGGGCGAAGGCGGGGGCAGGCCGAGGCCGCGGCCCGGGCGGACCUUUAACAUCGUCCCCAGCCAGGAUAGCCUGCCAAGCUACGACCAGCUGUCUUCGUCACCUUCAUCCUUCCCCUUCAACACCGCCAGCCCGGCGGCCGGCCCCAACCCGCCCCUUAGCACCAGCGCCAGUCAGGAUGAGAGCUGCUGAAACCUGAAGCCAAACAACCUCAGAGUUCUUCUCUUCUUAGGGUAGUUCCUAAAAUGUAUUCACAUCUAUCUAUCUACCCAUCUAUGCAGUAAAUAUUGAUAGGCACAUCUACCGGCUGCUGCUUUGCUGAAUGUUGGCAUCAUGAUAUUUAUGUGAAACAUCGUAUCAGAGCACAUGGGAUGUAGGGGAACGUACUGUAUGUGACAGAGAAACAACAAUUCAAUGCUGCAAAGAAAUGAUUUCCCUGUUGGAUUGUUGUAAAGUAGUUUUCUGCUUUUGAUAUUAUACUUGAGAUGUAUUCAGGUUAAUGCGAAAACACCGCUACUGCCACGGCACCAUGUACUGUGAUUCAAUAUCCUAUACUUUUUUAAAUUGCAAAUUUAAUAAUAUUCAUCUUAGAGGGGACGCCUCAUAUUUCAAUAUUUCACUUGAAAAGUUUCAGUUUAAUCACUGCUUUAAUUUCAUUUCACUUUUUUUUUGUAAAUGUUCAGAAAUAUUCUUC